UCCAAGUCAAAAGGUAAUAAAACCAUCGGAUGCCCCUCGUUCAGGCCUGACAAUUGUCAUCCUCUUCCUCAUAGCUCACCCUGGUCCCUAGUUCCCAUAAUUUGACCCAGAAUGUCCACAACAAUCACCCAAGCCCCGCCAGCGGAACAGCGCACGCUCCCCGUCGUUGCCGGCCCCGCCGCCGUCAACCACAACAACUUCCACCCCGGCGAUGCCGCCAGCGAUAAGGCCUUCCAGGCCCUGGCGCGGGGCACGCGUAGUGGCACCCUCAAGCUGCGGGGGAUCCCCACGUUCACCGAUGCCUAUGCCCAGCGGCAGUGGAUGAAGGAGCACAUGGCCGCUGCCUUUCGAUACUUUGGCAAGAAGGGCUACGGCGAUGGGGUGUCGGGCCAUAUCUCUAUGCGAGACCCCAUCCUAAAAGACCACUUCUGGAUGAACCCCUUCGCCAAACACUUCUCGUCCAUCAAGGCCUCGGAUCUGGUGUUGGUGGACGCGGACGGCUAUGUCACCGAGGGUGGCGCCCAGCUGCCCAUCAACGAGGCUGGGUUCAUGAUUCACUCGGAAAUCCACAAGGCGCGGCCGGACGUGAUCGCCGCGGCGCAUACGCAUUCCGUGUAUGGGAAGACGUGGAGUGCGUUUGGGAAGCCGGUGGAGAUGUUGACGCAGGAUGCAUGCAACUUCUACGGCCGACUCAGUGUAUACGAUGAUCAUGGCGGUAUUGCCCUUGCCCAGGAUGAGGGACGGCAGAUUGCCGAGGCGCUGGGGAAGGAGAAUCUGGCGUGUAUUUUGCAGAAUCACGGUCUUCUGACCGUGGGUCGGACUGUCGAUGAGGCGGCUUUCCUCUUUUCGAGCUUGGACAAUGCCUGUUACUCGCAGCUGUUGGCGGAUGCGGCUGCUGCGAACGGGAUCCAGAAGAAGAUCAUCUCCGAUGAGGUGGCGAAGUAUACGGCUGAUGCUGUGCAGGGCGCGCACAACUUCUAUACGGAGUUCCAGCCAGAGUUUGAGCUGAUCGUUGAGGAGACCAAUGGGAGAGUUCUACAGUAGGGGUGCUGAUCUCGUGGGGGGGGUGGCUGCCUGGUGCAGUGGUAACAGAGUAUAUACGUCGAGUAUGUUACGAUUUCAGGAUGCUAAAGAAGGAUCAAAUUGAUUGUCGGAUUUAGGAAGCCAUUUGGAGUUCUUGGUUGGCGGUAGGAAGUCUGCUUCUGUCGAGGCAAGAACAAUACACACAUCUCUGCUGAAAAGGGAAAAACGACUGCUCACAUGAGGGUGCAGAAGAGUUGGUGUAGUAGUGUGCUUAUCUAUCUCUAUCUGCGGAGUGUGCGGGGCAGGCGGUACUCCCCACUACCCAGCCAUGGGGAUGAAUGCGAACAAGAUGCAAAAAGCAAUGAC